GGAAACACUUUGCGUUCUCUAGGCUCUUAACAGUAACUUAGGGCUUUCCUAAGACAUGUUGUUUCUCAUUACUUGCCCCGGGGGCUUAAAGCAGAAAAACUGAGGAGUUAAAAAAACAAAACAAAACAUGGUUGUUUCCCUCAGGUGACCCACACAGGUGGUGACCCAGAACCUUAGCUCUCAGGGAGAUCUCCCUUCCUCCCGAAGGCUCUGGCCCACCUGGACCCAGCCCUCUCCCACCCUGUGUGGGGGGCCAGGACCCAGGGCCGCCGCUCUGCACUUCCCUCUCAGCAGCCUUUCCUCCCCCUGCGGCCCUCGCAGGGGGCCCGAUGCCACCCGUGUCCAUGCGUGGGAGGCUCCCCCAGCCCUAGUCCUGCUCUGUGGGGAGUCAGACUCUCACUGGACAGAUCCAGACGUGGAGUCUCUGCACCAGAUUCUCCUGGGUUGCCUAUGACUUGGGUGCGCUGAUUUAGGACUAGGGACAGGCACUCCUGCUUUUUUAAGAGAAGCAGAAUUUUUUUCAUAUGUUUCUCUAUUUUUCAUAAUUGCCAUCAGAUAAACAUGGAUUACUUCUCAACUUCAGUUUUUAACCUCAUAUAUAAACAUAAUCUUGUGGUAAGAGACUCAGGCCGUCACUAUACCUACCAGAAUGGCUGUACUGCGCACCGCACUGGCCCAGGGCUGGGGUGCUGCUGGGACGGGGCUGGGUGCCGGUGUGGAGAAAUGGGUCUCACACCCAUGCUGGAAACCAGGAAACCACUGGGGAAGCAGUGGCAGCUUCUCACAGAACUAAGCCUGCACGUCUCCUACACGCCGGCCUCUCACCCCCGGGCAGGUGUCACAGAGAAGGGAAUGCUCGAGCUCACACGCCCUGAGCGCGGGACACAACCCAGUGUCCGCCAGCGGGUGGCCCGGCGGCUUGCACACGGGGGCGGGGCUGAGCCACAGACGACCUGGCUGAGUCUGCAGGGCGCUGUGUGGAGUGACAAAGGCAGCCCAGAAGGUCACACACUGGGACUGUUUGUGUGCUGUUGGAAUGAGCGUGCUGACGGCGGCCACGGUUUGGGGAGGCGGUGGGAGGAAGGUGGCUGUGGCCGCAAAAGGGCAACACAAGGCACCCUUGUGGUCACGGGCGUGCUCUCUCCCUCACUGUGGCAGAUGUGCGGACCGACACGUGUGACCACACUCGUGCACGCACACACACACACAGAUUGGAAUCAGAUUGUGGCAUGUGUCUGGGUCACUGUAUAGUUUUUGGCAAAAUGUCACCGAGGGAGGCCCGGUCAAGGGUCCUCAGGAUCUCUGCAUUGUCUCUGACACCUGCACGUGAACCUGCCAUUACCUCAGCCAGUCUCAUGGAAGGUGAGACAGCGAGCCUGUCUUGCGAAGCCGCGCUGCUGCCCGAGCAGCCACACCCGUGCCCGGCCGUGCGUCUUUCCAGACCUCCCGCCUCUCACUGUGCGGGGGCCGGCGCCCGUGUGGCGGAGUGCGGCCGGGGUCCGUGCGGAGCGUGCGGCUCGGCGGUUGGAAUUUGAGGGCGGCCGCGAGGGGGAGGUGGAGCAGCGGGAGAACGUUCUGAGGCUGCAGACAAUGCUUGCAAGAACUUGUCGAGCUUUGUGCCGCUGAUGAUACGGGAGAGGAGGGGCUGCUGCCUUCAUUCCGAGGCUCAGGAAGCCGCAGCCCAGAGAGACCCUCGCUCUCUGUUGUGCAGAAUUCGCAGCCGGAGCCCACACGCUUGUUUGGGAGCGGGCCGGACGGUGGCUGCUGGAGACUUUGCAGGCCGGCGGCCUGUUACACCUGCUCGGCGCGCCCUUGCAGUUUGGGGCAGCCACGGACAAA